GGGCCUGACCCGUGUCCCCCGAGGCCACCGAGCUCUGGCUCUGCCAGGUUCCGGACGCGCCAUGGGACAGCUGAUCGCCAAGUUGAUGGGCAUCUUCGGGAACCAGGAGCACAAGGUUAUCAUCGUGGGACUGGACAACGCCGGAAAGACCACCAUUCUCUACCAGUUUCUGACGAAUGAGGUGGUCCAUACAUGUCCCACCAUUGGUAGCAACGUGGAGGAGAUCAUUCUGCGAAAGACCCACUUCCUUAUGUGGGACAUAGGGGGACAGGAGGCUCUACGCUCCACCUGGAACAAGUACUACUCAAAAACAGAGUUCAUCAUCCUUGUGAUUGACAGCACAGACCGGGAUCGGCUACUGACCACUCGGGAGGAGUUGUAUAAGAUGCUGGCCCAUGAGGCUCUGCGAGAUGCCUCGGUCCUGAUCUUUGCCAACAAGCAGGACGUGAAGGACUCCAUGACCACUGUGGAGAUCUCUCAAUUCCUCACCCUCAGCGCCAUCAAAGACCACCCGUGGCACAUACAGGGCUGCUGUGCCCUCACUGGCGAAGGGUUCCACACACUGUGCCAGGCAAGUGUUGCUUAUUCCUGAGCUGCAACUGGCUUAGCCCAGGAGCCGGGGAUGAAACAGGCUGCCUGCCGGGCUCCAGUGGAUGCUGUCUCAGACCACUGCCAACUGAUGUCCCAGCCUGAGGCUGACCAGGGACUGAGGGGGUUUUGCAUGAACAAUGUUGGUGGAAAACUCAAGUGACUAUGAGUUUUCUGUAUUAUCUGGUGGAGCAGGGGCAGCUAUGGCCAUUGCCACUGUCCUCCAAUCCCCACCGAAGAGCUGACUGCACACCCUGAAUUGCUGCAGGCAGGGCAGCAGAAAAAAAAGCAAGCGUCCUUCUUGGAGACACAAGGGAAGCUGUUGGAUAUGUUGGGGGUUAGGAUGUGGAGCCCCCUCCCUCAGCACUCAACCUCUCUGUAGGAAAAAUGUACAGGACAUAUUGGGGGCAGAGUAAGAGACCCCUGGAAUUGAUCUUUAUUUCCUAGAACUCUGUCUCCCAGCUUUGUGGCCCCUCAGCCAUCUUUGUCAUGUACCCUUUGGGCAAAGGAGAGUCCAGAAAGGUGAAGGAAUUGGGCUCAGGAGGAGGAGGGAGGGCUGAGCCAAAAGCUGGGAGGGGAGAGCGGGGAGGACAGGGAAGUCUGAUGGUGUCUUCAAACUGUAGGGAGUUCCAGUCCUCCCUUCCCUUCCCAUUCCCUCUGAUACCAUGGUAUCUUCUUUGCCCUCAGUGUCUUUCCAAUGUGAAUCCUACUCUUUCCAAAUGUGCCAGAUUCCUCCAAGUCCUGCCUCUUUUGUCUAUCUUUUUGUAGUAAUUUUUUUUACAUUGUAUUAGGAUUUUUAUAAAAGUAUAAUAAAUACCAUUGGAAACUGCUCAUCUCUUAUCUCUACCUGCCCCGUCUGCCUAUUCCUCAUACUGGCUUUUGGUUUCUGUGCAAGGAGCUCUGGCAGGAAAAACAAACAAAAAUCCUUGGCAAUGGGA